GUGUGCGAUCCGUGUGCGGGGAAGGAGUUGGUGCGGCGCGUUGAUUAAAGCAGGAAGCGCCGCGUUUCCGUAACGUCUCGUUCUUUUUUUUCUUUUUCUUUUCUUUUUUUUUUCCUUUUUUUUUUUUUUCCAGAGCUUUUUUUUUUUUUUUUUUUUUUUUUUAAUGGUUUUUGGAACUCCAAUGGGUGAUGAAAAGGAUUCUUGGAAAGUGAAAACCUUGGAUGAAAUCCUUCAGGAAAAGAAACGAAGGAAGGAGCAAGAAGAGAAAGCAGAGAUAAAGCGCAUGAAAAACUCGGAUGAUAGGGAUUCAAAGCGGGAUUCUCUUGAAGAGGGGGAGCUGAGAGAUCACCGCAUGGAGAUCACGAUCCGCAAUUCACCGUACCGCAGGGAGGACUCCAUGGAGGACAGAGGAGAAGAAGAUGAUUCCUUGGCUAUAAAACCACCACAGCAAAUGUCACGGAAAGAAAAAACCCACCAUAGAAAAGAUGAGAAGAGGAAAGAGAAACGGAGACACCGCAGUCAUUCAGCAGAAGGGAAACAUGCCAGAGUGAAGGAGAAAGAACGGGAGCACGAGCGUAGGAAGAGGCAUAGAGAAGAGCAGGAUAAGGCCCGACGAGAGUGGGAAAGGCAGAAACGGAGAGAAAUGGCGAGGGAGCAUUCCAGGAGGGAGAGAGAUCGCCUGGAGCAACUUGAGAGAGAACGAGAGAGAAAAAUCAGAGAGCAGCAGAAAGAACAAAGGGAGCAAAAAGAGCGUGAAAGGAGAGCUGAAGAAAGGCGUAAGGAGCGGGAAGCCAGAAGAGAAGUUUCUGCACACCAUAGAACAGUGAGGGAAGAAUAUGGAGACAAAGUGAAAAUGAGACCCUGGAGUCGCAGCCCAUUACGACAGCAGAGAGACAAGCCUGAGCAAGCAGAUAGCAGGAAACCAGUGAAAGAAGAAAAACCAGAGGAAAGAGACCCUCUUUCAGACUUGCAAGACAUCAGUGACAGUGAGAGAAAAACAAGCUCAGCUGAGUCUUCAUCAGCGGAGUCUGGGUCAGGCUCAGAAGAAGAGGAAGAAGAGUCGAGCAGUGAAGGAUCUGAGGAAGAGGGAGAAGAAGAGGAGGAGGAGGAGGAGGAGACAGGCAGCAAUUCUGAGGAGGUGUCAGAGCAGUCAGCAGAAGAGGUGAGCGAAGAAGAAAUGAGUGAAGAGGAAGAACGAGAGAAUGGAAACCACAUCCCAGUUGUUACAGAGUCGAGGUUUGAUCGCGAUUCAGCAGGCAGUGAGGUUGAGGAAGAAGAGGUGGGGGAGGGCAGCCCUCAGUCCAACGCCAUGACGGAAGGAGACUAUGUUCCUGACUCACCUGCUUCUUCCCCUAUUGAACUGAAACAGGAGCUUCCUAAAUAUCUUCCUGCCCUUCAGGGGUGUCGCAGUGUGGAGGAGUUUCAGUGCUUGAACAGGAUUGAAGAGGGAACAUACGGCGUGGUGUACAGAGCAAAAGACAAAAAGACUGAUGAAAUCGUGGCUCUGAAGCGACUGAAGAUGGAGAAGGAAAAGGAAGGCUUCCCCAUUACUUCUCUCAGAGAAAUAAAUACUAUUCUGAAAGCACAGCACCUAAAUAUCGUCACUGUCAGAGAAAUCGUUGUAGGUAGUAAUAUGGAUAAAAUCUAUAUUGUUAUGAACUACGUAGAACAUGAUCUCAAGAGUCUGAUGGAAACAAUGAAGCAACCAUUUCUACCAGGUGAAGUGAAAACCUUGAUGAUCCAGUUACUACGAGGAGUCAAGCAUCUUCAUGACAACUGGAUUCUUCACCGGGACUUGAAAACUUCCAACCUGCUGCUCAGUCAUUCAGGAAUUUUGAAAGUUGGAGAUUUUGGAUUGGCCCGAGAAUAUGGAUCUCCUCUGAAGCCUUACACACCAGUGGUGGUGACACUUUGGUACAGGGCUCCGGAGUUGUUGCUUGGAGCCAAGGAAUAUUCAACAGCGAUAGACAUGUGGUCAGUGGGGUGCAUCUUUGGAGAACUCCUGACUCAGAAACCGCUGUUUCCAGGGAAGUCAGAAAUUGAUCAGAUUAACAAAGUUUUUAAGGAUCUGGGUACUCCAAGUGAAAAAAUCUGGCCUGGUUACAAUGAGCUGCCAGCUGUAAAGAAGAUGACGUUCACAGAAUAUCCCUACAACAAUCUACGCAAGAGAUUUGGAGCACUCCUCUCUGAUCAGGGCUUUGAUCUGAUGAACAACUUUUUGACGUACUACCCGGCCAGAAGAAUUACUGCUGAGGAUGGUUUGAAGCACGAGUAUUUCCGUGAGACUCCCCUUCCUAUUGACCCCUCCAUGUUUCCUACAUGGCCGGCCAAAAGUGAACAACAAAGGGUGAAACGUGGCACCAGCCCCCGCCCGCCCGAGGGAGGCCUUGGGUACAGUCAGUUGGGCGACGAUGAUCUGAAAGACACCGGUUUUCAUCUGACCACCACGAAUCAAGGAGCAUCUGCUGCUGGGCCCGGGUUCAGCCUCAAGUUUUAAACUCAGUGAGAAGAGGGGGAAAAAAAGAGAACCGUUCACAGCUCCUCCUAGAAUGCUGACCUAUUCUGCAAUACAUGAGAUGCUUAAGGUAGGAAGAAACGUGUUUGAAGAGAUUAAGACAGCAACUAAAAAUGGACGAACCUAAGCAGAGAAUGAUGUAGGCUGCCUUAAUACUGGAUAAGGAUCUUUCAGGUACCCAUUAAAUACAAUGACUGUCAGGGUUUGUAACUGCACAUCUGAAUUCCCAGCUGAUAGAUGUUUGAGUGCACUGGGCUUUGCCCAGGAAACAAAUGCUGCUUCUCUUCUGGAUGUGGUGCAUCCACCUCGCCUGUUAAUGACUGGGUGUGAUGAUGGAAAUGAUCUUACCUCUGUUGAAGGGGUCAAGAAGCUUACUGAUCAGACACCAAAAGGAUGAGUUAUGAGGAGCUGCAGAUGGAAGUAGAUAGUAUGCUGGGCUAAGAUUACACAGACAAUAAAUACACACCACAGGAAAGUAGUUGGGGGGUGGAAGGGAGAUAUUCUGUGCAUAGCUGAACUGAGUAUGUCAAAGUGUGAAAUGGAGUAAUUUGGGUUUGUUGUGACCCUAUAUUUUCCUUCUGCCCACUAGAAGAAAAAGUAAUUCUUUUUUUAACGUUCUUAUACACCUACAUGUCGUGAUAUAAAAAAGAUAAAAAACCA